UGGCAUUUCUGUGGAACUGCAGAAUGUUUUAAAUGUUGUGAAAUUCAACCUGGUUUUAUAGUGAAAAAAACUAGUGUUUUAUUAGUGAAUAAAUGUGCGCGUGUUAGUGAAAUAUAACUAAAAUAUAACACAAUUUUGUUUUUUCUUAAAAGAGCACAAUACAUCUAACUCAAAAUGUCUGUCUUUGGUAUGGUAUCGUCCGUAGCGGGCUUCGUAAAAGUCCGCUACCUUGUGGACAAAGCACUGAUUGAUAAUAUGGUCUUUAGAGCACAUUACAGGGUAACUUCUGCCAUAUUGUUCUUGUGCUGUAUCAUCGUUACUGCCAAUAAUUUAAUAGGUGAUCCCAUUCAAUGCAUAAACGACAGAGGUGUACCGGGUCACGUGAUAAACACGUAUUGCUGGAUAACGUAUACGUUCACGUUACCGCACGAACAAGGAAAACAAGUCGGUACCGAAGUAGCGCAUCCAGGUCUGGGGAACGAAAAUCAGGAAAAGACGUACCACAGUUACUACCAAUGGGUUCCUUUCGUCCUAUUUUUUCAGGGCAUCAUCUUCUACGUGCCGCAUUGGGUAUGGAAAAACUGGGAGAACGGCAAAAUUCGCAUGAUCACCGAGGGAAUGAGAGGCUCGAUGGUGGGAGUAGGAGAGAAACAGGAGAGAGAAGAUAGACAAAAUAGACUGGUGCAAUAUUUGAUCGAAACGAUGCACAUGCACACUUCCUACGCGUUCGGAUACUUCUUUUGCGAAGCGCUGAAUUUCGUUAAUGUGAUGAUGAACAUUUUCAUGACCGACAAGUUCCUAGGCGGUGCCUUCAUGACCUACGGCACCGACGUCGUCGCCUUCUCAAACAUGAACCAAGAAAACCGCACGGAUCCCAUGGUGCAGAUCUUCCCGAGGGUUACGAAAUGCACCUUCCACAAAUUCGGUCCCACCGGAACCAUCCAAACUCACGACGCCCUCUGCAUUUUGGCUUUGAACAUUCUGAAUGAGAAAAUUUACAUUUUCCUGUGGUUUUGGUUCAUUAUUUUGGCUGUGCUUAGCGGUUUAGCUAUCGUAUAUUCGGCCGCCGUCGUGUUGCUGCCUAGCACUAGGGAGACUAUUUUGAAGAGGAGAUUCAGAUUCGGUGUUCCUAAUGCCGUGGAAACCAUCGUCAGAAAGACGCAGGUUGGAGACUUCCUGCUGAUUCAUUUGCUUGGACAGAACACCAACCAGCUGGUCUUCAGCGAAAUAUUGGACGAAUUUGUCAGAAGAUUAAACUUCGGCAGCAACAGCAAUUUACCUUCGGCGCCUAGUACGUUAGAAAUGAGCCCCAUUUAUCCGGAAAUAGAGAAAUUCAAAGAGACCGAAGCUUGAUAUGCGACAUAAAUGUAUAGGCGGGACCAGAAGUGCAAUUAUUGCAAUAAUUGUGCUUUUACUCAUAUACGUCAGUAUUUUUUUCAUUUAAAAAGAAUUAUUUUCUGCUUUUAUUUUUGUAAACUGUUUAUGCAUUGUUUUUACAAUUUUUUACAACGAAAUUAGGGGAUUUUUGAUUUAAUUUUAUAUUUUAAAUAAUUAUAUUUUAUUAUAAGGAUCGAAUUUUAUUAUAUUCAUUUCGAAUCGCCAUAUCUCUAGAAAAUAGAUCUCUAAAUUUUUUUUUACCCUCUUAUAUGAUUAUGUAAUCGAGAUAAGUAGGUAACGAUACUUAUUAUGACUUUUUUAAUAAUUAGGGACCAAUUUAUAUUAUAAGAUACGGAGUUGUUCUUUAUGUAAUUGCAAUAAGAGUGUAGCUAAGUGCUUUAUCAAUAAAUAUUUUUUAAUAAUA